AUGUACCCACCUUCCAACACUGGCAUAUCGAUGUCCUACGCGCUGAUCCUGGUGCUGCUACCAAAUGUCCUGUGGUGGACCACUUCAGUGUGUAGAGUAAAAGUACUUCUGAGUGGUCAGAUACAUCAGCCUGUCGUGGAGUUCGCACUCGGCUAUCGGAGCCCAUCCAGAGACAUGCUCCAGUAUACACCAUCGCGCCUGCUGGAAUUGAACAAUCACCGCUAUCAACUUGACACCGGAAUCCUGAAACACCUGGGUAUCCUCCGGAGACCUCGCUAUGUCCAUCGGGGGUCGGGUCGUUGGCUAAAGCGGCAAAAGUCCAGCGGCAACACUGUCCCGGCGGUCUGGUCGGAGACACGCUUCGUCGCAGCUCGAACGCGUCAUCAGAACGCUGUCACCAUGGAGACUACAAGCGCAGCUCCUGCUCUACAGUGGACGCGGCGGAAGCAAAAUCCUGGAGUGGAUUUUACAGUUCUCAGACCUCUGCCAAGGAUGGCUCGUUUACAGAACACUAAAGUAGAACUUUUUAAUGUACAGUCACUCUCCAACAAGGCAUGCCUAAUCUACGACCAUAUAGUAGAGAAGGACAUUGACAUCAUGUGCCUCACAGAAACAUGGCAAAAACCGGAUGUUUUCUCUGCUUUAAAUGAGUCAUGUCCCCCUGGCUAUGCCUAUGCUGAGAGAGCACGCACCACUGGCAGAGGUGGGGGACUGGCCAUUUUACACCACUCCGCCCUGAAGUUGACCCCAAUCCCCCUUCCAAAUCUGACCACAUUUGAAUGUCUGGGACUCAAAGUUGGCACCUUCAAAACGCCUUCAGCAGACAGUAUUCCAGAGAGUGAUUUGGAGAUCAACAUUGAAAAGGCCUGCAACAUGGGCCAGGUGGAGGAGGCAGCAGAGGACCUCCCAGAAGAGCCCACCCAGGACCAGGAGGCAUCAGAGACUGAAGAGCAAUACGAUGAUUGGAGCAGGCCAGGAUCCCCACUGGAGGAAGAUCCUGUCCCUGUCCCAUCCAGGUCUCCAGUCCCUGGUCCUUCAACCCCUGCUGCUGCUGCACCAACACCCACUCCCAUAGGAAAAAGGAGGCGGCCACAACCCCGGGCAGAGCCAACGGCGGUGGAGCAGGCCAUUUUAUUCGCCCUGAAAGAGCGCCCUGUCCCUCCACCAACGGCCACCCGGGAGUUUAGCCACAUAGAGUAUUACCUCCUGAGUCUUGCUCCUUCCCUGGAGAGACUGUCCUUCUAUGACCUAGAGAAGACAGUGGAGAUGAUUGUGGACUUCAGGAAGAGCACUGUCCCCCCGCCCCCACCCUCCGUGAUGGACUCCCCCAUCACCUCUGUGGAGUCCUUCCGUUUCCUGGGCACCACCAUCACCCAGGACCUCAAGUGGGAGCCGACCAUCAGCUCCCUCAUCAAGAAGGCCCAGCAGAGGAUGUACUUCCUGCGGCAGCUCAGGAAAGCCAAGCUGCCUGCACAGAUGUUGGUGCAGUUCUACACGGCCAUCAUCGAGUCCAUCCUCACCUCCUCCAUCACCGUGUGGUUCGCUGGAGCCACAGUCAGGGACAAACAGAGACUACAGCGCAUUGUGCGCUCUGCAGAGGAAGUGAUCGGCCGCAGCCUUCCAUCGCUGCAGGACCUAGGACUGCGUGCUUCGAUUCAGGAGAGAAGUGCUGAUAUUGACACCAGAUCUUAUACCCACCACUUCUACUUUGGUAGCUUCAAUCAGGGGACCAAUAAUCAAGACUCAAAGAAGGAGAAAGAUUAG